AUGUGUUUUAAGGAGUAUGUGUUGGCCAAAUACCAGUUACUGCGUUUUGAAGCGAAUCAGGAAAUCAAACUAAUGCUUAUUGAAGGUAUGGCUGAAAUAUUUGGUACAGAGCUGUGUCAAAGCUUUGAAUAUUCAUUUCGGGCUGGACACAGAGGUUCGGUUACUACUUUUCAUGGCUGCAAAAUUACUAUAACUGGCUCGGAUUUUGAUGCAUUUGUACUGGAAGCAAUUGAAGACAAUGACCUUAUUCAUGUUUAUGCCAAUAUACAUGCUAGUUUUCACAAGUUUCGAACUGAAGCCGUCUCUAAUCAGACCAAGGGUCCUCGUGUAUUAGUGUGUGGACCUGCUAAUAGUGGAAAGGGUACUUUGUGCAAAGUUCUUGCUAAUUAUGCUGCUAGACGUAAUUCAACUCCAAUCCUUAUAGAUUUAAAUCCUAACAGUAAUCAGAUAUGUGUUCCAUCUACUCUUGCUGCAAUGCACGUUAAAAAGCCCUAUGAUUUAUCUGUAGGAUGGGAUUUGCACGAAGAUCCUAUCGCCUUUCCUUUUUGUCAUUUGGAUCCAUCCGACAAUUUUGAUCUUUAUAAACAGCAGUUGGAACAUCUGGCUGAAUUGGUUGAUGUUCGUUGUGAAAAUGAUGCAAUGACUUUUGCUAGUGGAUGUAUCAUACGAAUGAGUGACUUCUCUCGGACCUCCCAAAAGAAGCAGGCCUGUCUGUCGCAAAUUGAGACGGUUGUGGACUGCUUUGGUGUGGAUUAUGUUAUUGUAAUAGAGGAUGGAUUUCUUCAAUCAUAUCUCAAGGAGAGACUGUCCAAAGAAAUAACAGUUAUUAGGAUUCCGAAGUCAUCAGCCACUCCUAGCUUUACACCUGAUCAGUUGAACCACCAAAGAGAUUUACGAAUUAGUGCAUACUUUCAUGGAGAAAGUCUUUCCGAGAAACUACAGCCUCGAAGAGAGAAGAUCAAUACGCAGAAUGUGCAGAUUUACCAAGUGGGAACCGAAGCCCUCCCCGAGUGGUUAUUACCUCAAGGCGAACAAACUGACGUGGCAGAAACCUGGAAACAAGUUAUAAAACUCCCCUGUCACACGGACACAUUGAAGAAUCGUCUUUUGGCUGCUUCACAAGCGAGCUGUCCGGAGGACAUUCCCACUUCUCCAGUUUAUGGAUUUUUGGCUGUCGAUGAUGUAGAAGGUCACUUUAUCAAAGUCCUAGCGCCAACUGAAGGUCUACCUGAUACACAGUUUUAUGUAGCCUCCAUUGGCUUCAUUGAUCCUGUCGGAGAUUUGUGA